AUGGGUCGAGUCAUAGGGGAAAAGCAAGAAAAUGAAGCACUCAAGGCAGAGGAAAGGACUGGCUCUAGUUCUUCCUCUGCAGGUUCAUCACCUAGAGAACCAUUGAAGUCUCAAAGUCCAUCACAUUUGAUAGAUGCCGGGUCCUUGGAAACUGCGGAGCUCCACCCUGCACCUACAACAUUAAUUGAGACCAAUGCUGGAGAUUAUCCUCCUCCCAACAAUCUUUAUGACAUAAAAUGUAUAUGCUAUGCAGAGACCACAAAGCUAUGGUCAAUUGCAGCCCCUAUAGCAUUCAACAUUUUGUGCAAUUAUGCUGUCAAUUCGUUUACCAAUAUUUUUGUUGGACACAUUGGAAAUAUGGAGCUCUCUGCAGUUGCAAUAAGUUUGUCUGUCAUUUCAAACUUCUCUUUUGGCUUCUUGUUUGGUAUGGGAAGUGCACUGGAGACAUUAUGUGGUCAGGCAUUUGGUGCCGGGCAAGUGGAAAUGCUAGGGGUAUAUUUGCAACGUUCAUGGAUUAUUCUAUUUGUGACUUGUUUCUGCCUAUUGCCUCUUUACAUAUUCGCAACACCAAUCCUAAAACUCCUUGGACAAGAAGAUGACAUUGCUGAGCUUGCUGGAAAGUUUUCAAUACAGAUCAUCCCUCAAAUGUUUUCACUUGCUUUCAACUUUCCAACCCAAAAGUUCUUGCAGGCACAGAGCAAGGUUGGAUUUCUGGCGUGGCUUGGUUUUGUGGCUUUAAUUCUACACAUUGUAAUCCUCUUUAUCUUCAUGAAAGUGUUUGGCUGGGGUAUUAGUGGUGCUGCUGCCGCGUUUGACAUCUCGGCAUGGAUCAUCUCCUUGGGUCAGUCAGUUUAUGUUGUUGGUUGGUGCAAGGAUGGGUGGAAAGGAUUGUCAUGGUUAGCCUUCAAGGACAUUUGGCCCUUUGUGAGGCUCUCCAUUGCUUCAGCUAUAAUGAUUUGCCUAGAGAUUUGGUAUAUGAUGACUAUAAUUGUUCUCACUGGACACCUGGAGAAUCCUAUCAUUGCUGUUGGUUCCCUUUCAAUCUGCAUGAACUUAAAUGGGUGGGAAGGCAUGUUGUUCAUUGGCAUCAAUGCAGCAAUAAGUGUUCGAGUUUCCAAUGAGCUAGGAUCUGGACACCCUAGAGCAGCCAAAUACUCAGUCAUUGUCACUGUCAUUGAAUCUCUCUUCAUUGGGAUUUUGUGUGGAACCAUUAUCUUGGUUGCAAAAGACCAUUUUGCUAUCAUCUUUACUGGAGAUAAAGAGAUGCAACGGGCUGUUUCUCGUUUAGCUUUCCUUCUUUCUAUAACCAUGAUACUUAAUAGUGUUCAGCCAGUUAUCUCAGGUGUUGCUGUUGGAGGAGGUUGGCAAGCCAUAGUGGCUUAUAUAAACUUGUUUUGUUAUUACGUUGUAGGACUCCCUCUUGGCUUUCUUCUCGGCUACAAAACUAGACUAGGAGUGGAGGGAAUCUGGAUUGGCAUGAUUUUGGGGACAGUUUUGCAGACAUUGAUCCUCUUGCAUAUCAUUUAUAAAACCAACUGGAACAAGGAGGUAGAGGUAGCAUUAGAACGAAUGCAGAAGUGGACUGGACAAGAUGAAACAUUUGAUUAAAUAUAAACCUCUUGGUUUCUCCUCUUCUUGUACACAAAAAAUUUUCAUGAUGUCGUACCUUUGAGUAUUUAUAUGUCAAAUUUUCAUUUUGAACCUGUAGCGAAGUUCAAUCUAAUCUCAGGUAAAAUUUUACUA